UACGAUCUCAAACCUCCUCCACCCUCCGUCACCCAUUCGAAUAUGGAACACCUAAGCAUGCGCUUCUUCUCUGCCGACCACCUGAAUAUCAUUCUCCGUGACUAUCAACUGUCUGCCCGAUUUCACCGAUUCCUUACCCAGUACAAACCGUACAUUCUCCCCGCAUUCGAUAGCUAUGUCGACACGCAAAAAGCGGUUGCAGCGAUAGAAUACGCAAACUCGCUAGCGAACAGCCUUCCCUCGUUGACCGGCGACACUCCCAGACCUGCAGCUGUCAUGGAUGAGAGCUUCCAAGAGAGAUCGAAGAUGGUGGUGCAAGAGCUGGUUGACGAUGCUCUACCAGCAUACAUCACACAUCGACUCGUGACAGUCGUGACAGACAGCCUUGUCAAAGAGAUUACUGGCAACAAUGCUCCAAUCAUGCGAGAGUUGAUUCCAUCUUUGGCAGAAGUCUACUGCAUAACUGACCCCUCGAUACCUGACAAUCCGAUUGUCUACGCCUCUGAAGGAUUCUACGACAUAAGUGGUUACCAGAAAGACUUCGUGAUUGGUCGAAACUGUCGCUUCUUGCAAGGUCCAAAGACGUCCUCAUCAAGUGUGCACCGUUUGAUAGAGGCAAUCAGGGCCGGGCAGGAAGUCACCGAGACUAUGUUGAACUAUCGAAGAGAUGGCAUCCCCUUCAUGAAUCUUCUCAUGAUUGCACCAUUGUACGAUAACAAAGGCAAUGUGCGAUACUACCUUGGUGCUCAAAUCGAUGUCACGCACCUUAUCGAAGGAGGCAAGGGUCUCGAAUCAUUCGAAAAACUUCUGGCCAACGACCGCACUGAGGAGCGAUACCGUGGUAGAAGCAGCCGUAAACCGACUCAAGUACUGGGAGAGCUGGGAGCGAUGAUGAACAAAGACGAACUGGAUGCCGUUAAUACGCGACAACGUAGCGAGUCCCGUGAAUCAACAUCAGCAGCUGGUUCUGCCCGCAACGUUACUCCUGCUCGACCAGCUCGGAGAGUCUUGGGUAUGGAUGACUCGCUCGAACGUACCCUUUGGCCACAUCCUUCUCUUGGUCCGUCAGGUCGUCUACCCGGAGUUUACCAGAAUUACCUACUCGUCCGCCCUUACCCAUCACUACGAAUCACUUUUACAUCACCAGCUCUGCGUAUUCCUGGCUUGCUACAGACCAAACUCAUGGACCGUUUGGGCGGGCCUCAAGACGUACGCGACGGUGUUCUCGACAGCCUCGCACACGGUACUGCUGUCACAGCCAAGAUAUCUUGGCUUUCCACCCCCACGACCAUCAACACUUCCCACCGUACCUCCAUAGAAGGAAAGCCACGCUGGAUCCAUUGUACACCCAUGCUGGGAUCUGACGAGAAAGUCGGCGUCUGGAUGAUCGUCAUGGUCGAACAAGAGACGGUGACUGGAAGUCUUAGACGUCCUUCCGAAGUCAUCAACACCUUCCCAUCGCCACCAGCAAACGUUAUCGGCGGCAGAGAAUCACUGGAUAUACCCGUUAGAGGCGGUGAAGGAGCCAGGAGUCCGAGGUUCAAAGCAGAGACUGGAAAAUUGUAUGCAGAAUAUUUGCGGCGUGAAGGAAAGAGCCCACCGAGGGAUGGUGGAGCAGGAGGUACGCCAUCCAGAGGAAGUAGUAUGAGGGAGGCGAGACCGUUCCAGGAAUUUUGAUUGACCUGUGAGAGGGACGGAAGGAUUUGUAUGGGAGUUCUUGGUUGAC